AAUUUGCCAGCAGAAUUUCAAGAGGAUACACAUCAAAUCAGAGCAUUCAGUCCUACGGAACGAAGGGAGACAAUCUUGAUAAAACAAGAAAAAAUGGAUGAGUGUUUCAACCAAUCUCGUCGGAGAUUUAUUUGCAGUGCAACAGCUGGUCCUAGUUGUGAAUUUACUGAUCGAGCAUCUGAACAAAUUUUAAAUCGGACACGAACAGUGCAACAAAUUCAAGAUGAGGAUUACACACACUUAAGUUUCCAUUCAAAUGAGAACACGUCACCAAUUUACAGUCAAGAGGACAGGCCCAUCAUUGAAGCUGGUGUUGAUGAUGCAGAGGUAGCUCGCAAGCUCCAGGAAUUGUUUGAUAAAGAGUAUGAAAUGACAAUGUCACAGAAAAAAAAGCCAGAUAAACGCCAAACACGUCAUUCAGGUCCAGUGGAUUCAAAUCUGAGAAAUGAACAACAGAAGAUAUCAAAGGAGAAAAAAUUCAGUGCCAAAAAUGUGGAUGUGAUUGAUACGACCAAUGAUGCUGUUAUAGCUCAACAGUUACAACAGGAACUACUAAUGGGAGAUCACUCUGCUGGGAAACCAUCCCUCCAAGAUGAAAGCCAGAGAAAAGGAUCUACAAGUAACUUUGGAAAUGAAGAUAAAAAUGCCAGUCAUGAACAAUUGUUAGGGGUAUCAAAGGAUUUGGAAGAAAGGGACAGACUUUAUGCUCAACAACUUCAAGAGAUGGAGUCUGGUCAGGUUCCAAAAGGGAAGACAUUGCCAAGAAAAGUACCUUUUACCAUUGCAACAGGGGCAGACAACUCCAAUUUACAGGAUAGGCUUCUCGCUAGGAGACUACAGGAAGAGGAGGAGAACAAAGUCAGGCAAGGGGAGGCAAUGUUAGACGAAGAUGAAGCACUUGCUAGGCAGUUGUCAGAAACAGAAAAACAGCCCAUGCCAGUCCUCCCUAGAACAGUACAGAAGAGACAUGCAGACUCUAGCCCAGGCCUGUAUAGCCCAAAGCAUGCUAGGAGGGAUGGCAGACACCUGUCUGGAGGCAGUCCAGUAAGGGGUGUCGCCUCCACUAUUGUGGGCGGAGCUUCUCCAGCUCAGGGAGGAGGAGCUAUCAGUUCGUCUGCUGUGGAAAGGGUGUGGCAUAAGAAAUUGUUUGCUAUGGAGAAACAGGCUAAAAAGGCUACUGCUGAACAGCUACAAGCCAUCAGGAGUGAACAGAAUGAGCGCUAUAAGAUCAAUCAGAGCGGAGGACUGAAUACCGGUAACCCCUCUGGAUCCAGACCAAAGGCAGGUAACCCAGACAUCCCACAUACAGUCUCAUCGCCAAGGCAACAUCCUCAUAUCAGAACAGCCUCAUCAUGGAACGAUGAAUCCCAGUACAUCAGCCUUGAUGAGGACGGUUACAUCACCAGUUCUCCACCUCGCCGUCAACCAAACCUCAUCCCGUCUUCACCAAAUCGUAUACCAAGAUACUCACAAGUGAAGUCUGGCAGUUCAGGUUUCGGAAGUAUGUACUCUAAUCCAUCAUCUACAUCAACAUCAUCUCGCAACCAGACAGACAGAUUGACAGGAUUUCAAGACCACAAGUUGUCACAAAUAUCCUCGUCAUUUUCAUCAAUCCAGACGUCGUCCCGGAGUGCCUGGGAUGAUGACACCUCAACACAGAAUGACUCCCAAGAUUACAAGUCAACACAAAUUUCAUCAUCCAUCUCAUCUACUCAAUCUUCGUCGUCCUGUAACAUUACGUGUGGGAACUGUGGAGAAAAAGGCCACAACCGUAACAGCAAAACCUGCUCCCGAUACUACAGUCUGGAGGAAACGCAGCAUAGACAGGCUAAGCAAGAGAAGGCACGUCAGAGGACGGAGGAGAAGGUUCAACAGGAGGAACAGACCCGUGAACAACUGGCGAACCAUCAGAAGGUGUUGGAAGAUAUAGCAUUUCGUAUACAGCAGGAGAAAGAUGGCCUCUCCGACACGAUUAAGAAAAUGGAAAAGAAGACCAGACAGAGGGAUAAACGCAAAAAAUAGUCAAGCCUUUACCUUUACUUUGUCCUCUGUUUCUAGAACCAUAUAAAUAAUUUGUAAACAAGAUGAACUUCAAUUAUCCCCAAAUAACUUUUUUCUCCGUUUUAUAUUGGUUUUUUGCAAGUUAACUCAUUCACCCCGGAAGACACAUUUGAACUCUUCCCAUUCAAAUGUUGGAAUAGUUCAUUAUGAAAUUUCAGGGGUAAACGAGUUAAAAUAUUUCUUUGCAUUAUAUCAUGUUGAAACCGAUCAGUUGACAUAUAGCUAAACUUCUAGAUAAUCAAGGCUGUCUUAAAACCGUUGCAAUCUGGAUGAGAUUGAUGUUACUGUUAAUUCAGUUUUAGAUGGGAGCCAUCUUCAUUUAUCUAAACAAAAAUGUUAGAGUUUUAUUGAAUUGUUUCCCAUAGUUAAGCAUGCAUGAUUUUGAGAAAUAAGGUUUUUAGCUAAGCUGCUUGGUUUAGAAACUUUGAUUUAAAUAUGAGAAGCACUUUAUUUCUUAAUUAUAAUUUACAACAUUGUGAGAUUUUACAGAAGAAAGACUUUUUCUCCUUAAAGUGUAUUUUACGAUUAUCAGUCCUGAAGCAACUGAUUAAAGUUAUAUUUAUAGGAAAUAUUUUGUUGAUAAUGAACUUGAAUUAAUUCUCAUACAGCUAAAGUCACAGUAGUCAUGUAUUUUUUUAUUUUAUUUUUGUAAUUUUCUGACAUCAUUGUUAGUCAUACAUUAAUAUCUUGUUACACUGCCACUAUUUUGUCUAUAGGAAUUAACUCAUUCACCCCUGAAGAUGCAUUUAAACUCAUCCAAUUUAAAGGUUGGAAUAGUUAAUUAUAAAAAUUCCGGGGUGAAUGAGUUAAGCAUUAUAAAGGGAUUUGGCAAUAUAUUGAGGGAUGCAUAUCGUGAGAGAUAGUUCAUUAUAAAAUUUCCGGGGUGAAUGAGUUAAGCAUUAUAAAGGGAUUUGGCAAUAUAUUGAGGGAUGCAUAUCGCGAGAAAAAUUGAUAAAAAAGAGGACCUUAAUGGCAAGUGAAACAAAAAGGGGCUUUAUAUUAUAAGGUUUCAUAGGUGAUAGUGCAUUUUCCAGAAGACAGUGUAUUUUCUAGAAUACUGGUGAAUGAUUAAGCAGUUUUAAUAUUUGUGAUAAAAUUUGUAUCAUGAAUCGGUAGAGGAUGUGUUAUAGGUGGCAAUAAAUUCAGGCAGUGAACUGUUAGAUGAGUACAUCAAUACAGCCUCUGACCGAGACACAGAUAUACACCUAUAUGGCACAUUCAUGUCUGUAGUGCAUAUAAAUGUUUGUCUGUCUUUUAUAGAAAACUCUAUAUAUAUAGUGUAUAAAGGUUGUUGAUUCAUUUAACUCACUUGUUUAGAUUUUACACUAUUGAAGUUCAAACCUUUUAAUACUUAAAUAAAAAAAUAUA